GCGUGUGGGUGUCGUGUGCCUUGCACUGUGCAUCUGUGUAAAAAGAUGUUGCAACCUUUUUGUAACUUAAUUCAAAACUUUGACAACAAUUUCUUUAUUGGCCAAGUAUCUUUAACAAUAAUCAGUUAAAAAAGAAAAUGCAGAGGCGGCUUGGACAGAGCAGGGAGUAUAUAUAGAGGACCCAAUGUAGCAAGAAUGGUUAGGACUCGAAGAACCAACGGUGUUUGCACUCGAGCUAGAUCAGCAUUAAUUGUAAUGGCCCGGAAUGACGUGGAGCAAUCCGUAGCAGCUAAAGGGAAGAUUCCUCUUAUGGUUUUCUUCAAAGAUGCCAGCCUUUUGUUCAAGAUGGAUGCACUUGGAUCAGAGAUACUACGCAUUGCGUUCCCAGCAGCCUUGGCAUUAGCGGCUGAUCCUAUUGCUUCUCUGAUAGACACAGCUUUUAUUGGCCGAUUAGGCGCAGUGGAGCUGGCAGCUGUGGGAGUCUCUAUCGCGAUUUUCAAUCAAGCAUCCAAAGUAACCAUAUUUCCUCUUGUCAGUAUAACAACUUCUUUUGUUGCUGAGGAAGAUACUAUCGGAAGAUUAGAAAAGCAGAUGCAAUUGGAUGAAAUGGUAAAAGUUAAGGCAGAAGAUAUCCAUCUUGACAACUUAGAAAAAGGUGGUUCAGCUACAAAAAUGGAAACUCAAGAAGUUAAGGCAGAGAAUACAACUCUUUCUGUAGUAGAAACAUCAGCUAGUGAAACUAGUGCAACUCUUUCCGGAGUAGCAACAUCAGCUAGUGAAACUAGUGCCUCUAAGCCUCAGAAUGUGGAGUGUCGUGAUUUCAAUAAAAUUCAGACUAAAGCUAAGAAGCAUCAAAGUACUGAUUCAAAAACUACGGUAGCAAGAGUAAAAAGACACAUUCCCUCAGCAUCAACAGCUUUGGUUAUGGGAGCUGUACUAGGCAUCCUUCAAACUAUAUUUCUCAUUUCUCUGGCUAAACCAUUACUUGGAAUUAUGGGAGUCAAAUCUGAUUCUCCUAUGCUAGAGCCAGCAGAAAGGUACUUGAAACUAAGAUCACUGGGUGCUCCAGCAGUUCUCCUCUCUUUAGCCAUGCAAGGAGUUUUUCGAGGAUUUAAGGAUACUACAACUCCCCUAUAUGCCACAGUUGCCGGUGAUCUAGCAAAUGUCGUUUUGGACCCCAUUCUUAUAUUUGUUUUAAAUAUGGGAGUAAGUGGUGCAGCAAUUGCUCAUGUGCUAUCUCAGUACUUAAUCUUGGUAAUCCUCUUCUAUAAAUUGAUGAAACAAGUUUACCUCUUACCUCCAAGCCUCAAGAGUUUGCAGUUCAGUCGAUUUCUGAAAAAUGGAUUUUAUUUGUUGGGAAGGGUGAUUGCCGCGACAUCAUGUGUCACUUUGGCUGCGUCAUUGGCUGCAAGGUUGGGCACAAUUCCUAUGGCAGCUUUUCAGAUUUGCUUACAAGUUUGGAUGACAUCCUCCCUUCUUGCUGAUGGUUUGGCUGUUGCAGGACAGGCUAUCAUCGCUUGUGCUUUUGCUGAAAAGGAUUAUCAAAAAGCGACUGCUGCUGCAUCUAGAGUAUUACAGAUGGCAUUUGUACUCGGCUUGGGACUUUCUCUUGUCGUGGGACUCGGGUUGCAGUUUGGAUCUGUGGUCUUCACCAAGGACAACCAUGUUCUCCACCUUAUAACUAUAGGUGUCCCGUUUGUUGCAGCAACACAGCCAAUUAAUUCUUUAGCCUUUGUUUUCGACGGUGUUAACUAUGGAGUAUCUGACUUUGCUUAUUCUGCAUAUUCUAUGGUUCUAGUAGCUUUAGCAAGCAUUACUUCUCUGUUUCUUCUGUCUAAAAGCAAUGGUUUUGUUGGGAUAUGGCUUGCUUUAACCAUUUACAUGAGUCUCCGGGCCUUAGCUGGUGUCUGGAGAAUGGGGACUGGUACCGGACCCUGGCGCUUCCUCAGAGACUUGUAGAUACUAUAAGAUUGUAAAAUUUUCAUUUCAGCUCUUAGGAAAUGUUCUUUGUUUAUUACGUUAUCAAUUUAGUUUCGGAGGUCUGUAAUUUUGCUCAUGUUCCGUCGUCUGUAUGUUUAAUACUAAUACUGAAAUCAAUAAUACACUUUCCCAUAUCUGAUA